AAACUGUUUAAUCGCUGGUUGCUUGCAUGCAUGUUAACAGGAGGACCUUAACGUAGCGGAAUGCUCGCUGGCUUUCCAGGGCCACCCGCGUAUGGCGCGCCCCCGCCCGGCCCAGCGGGACCGCCAGGGCCACCUCCACCACCUCCGUCUGGACCUGGUAUUGGAAGCUAUGGCCCAGCUGGUUAUAGACCACCAGGACCGCCUCCACCAAAGCCUUCUGGUUCACAUGGGGCUCACCAGCAGCAACAGAAUGGUCAUCGGAAACCAGAGCCACCUACGGGCUUUCGCUCUGUCCCACCUGGAGCGAAGCCUGCGGCCACUCCAUCGCACCUCCUCCUCCCAGCAGCAGCCAUGCGAGCAGCAACGUAAUUCCUAUGGCGGUCGAGAAUCGUUUGCGAAGAGACACUCCAUUCCUAGCGCACAUCCGGUUCAAGAACGACCUACCGGAGAUUCCGUCGGACCCCAAGAUGCUCGUCUCGCAAAUACAGCCGGAGGUGCUGUCGCGAUUCUCCCUCACCAGCCUCGAGCGCCAAGCACGGCGUGAUCUGCUCACGCCGCCCAAUAUCAUCAUCUCCCCCCUGGACGACGACUCGCGACCGCUCGCUGUCGGCGGCAGUCCGCUCCCUGCCGCCGGCGACGGCCGGCACAAGUCGUUUGCCGCGCGCACCAAGGGCAUGGGCGUCGACAAGUGCUCCUGGCUCAUGCGCACUACAUACAUCUCCAGCUCCGACAACCGCGGUGUGCAGCGGCAGGGCCUGCCAGAGAAGCAAGUCCUGCAGGCCCGCGCUGCGGAGCGCCGCGGCGCGAGCGCCGCUGACGACCGUGAGCUCAACGACCCCGUGGAGGUGCUGCCUGUGCUGCCUGACAUGGACUCUUGGCCGCAGAAAUUGCUGCUCACCACUUUCCACGACGCGGACCCUGCAGAAGAGCUGGCGGGGGUGGUGGGCACGGAAGCCAUACAGCAGCUGCCGGCAGCCAAGCGUCAGCAGUUGCUGGUGGGCCACUACCUGCUCAAGGGCUUCACGCACCACAUCAGCAAGGCGGGCCAGGACCGGGAACUGAAGAUCAUGGCGCUGCUGGUGCGGGAGGAUAUUGACCGGAUGGUGGCGCGUACGGCGCACCAGGCUGAGCUGCAGGCGGCGGCCGCGGCGGCUGGGGAUGAGGAGGCAGCGGCGAGUGGCGGCAUGCAACCGGAAGAUCUGGAGGGGUCGUACCAAUGGAUUAAGGAUUACAACUACGAGUACAAGCGUGACAGUGUGCACUACGCCAUUCGGCUGGAUAGGGGAGCGGCACGCUUUCACCGGAUGCAGGGGAAACUGGAGCUACGCAGCUGGCGUGAUGAGGAGAAGCUGGCUCGUGACCGCAGCCGCAAGCGUGUCAUGGGUCGUGCGGGUAGCGAGGAGCCGGCCGAGGAGGAUGUGGACGGCUCGGACCAGGUGCAGCGACCGUCUAAGAUCCGUGUCACAACGCGAGAUCUGACGGAUCGGGAGCUGCAGGAGAGGGAGUCAAAGAGGCGAGAGCUGCUGCCGCCGGAGUGA